GGCUACGUGUAAUAACAGAUUGUUGUAGAUAGAUUUGAGUUUAGGCGUUUUUAAAUUUGUAAAAAUUAAUUUGUCAUGGAUAAGUCUAUGAGUCAAAAGGAAUAUUUAAAGAAGUAUUUAUCUUCUGGAAAUGAAAAAGAAAAAAAGAAGAAGAAGAAACUCAAGGUUGGUCCAAAAACGUAUAAAAUAAAUUAUUUCUCAUACGACUUGGAAUUUAGAAACACAGAUGUAUUUUACAGAGUAAAAAUCAUAGAUGAUGACAUAGACCUCAAGAAGCUCAGACCAAUAGAAGAUGGUGAAUUUGACAUAUUCAUCAACGGAGAGGAUGCACCUCAAAUAGCAGGAAUAAUUGACGAACGUGGCCCGGUUGAUUUCUCUGACAAGAAAAAGUGGAAAAUUAUAGCCGACAAUGAGGAUGGAGAAUUGCGGUUUAAAAGUAGCGAGAAAGAACAACAGGACGAUACUGUUUUAUCGGAUAAAAAGGAAAAAGAAACUAGAAGACGUAAAAAAGACUAUGAUUCAGAUUCGAGUCCAAUUAGGAAAAAUAAAACGAAUGAAGAUUCGGAUGAUAGUUUAUCAAUGAGAAAUAAAAAGAAUAAUCGAUCAGAUAUUAAACAUUCUAAAAAAACUAAGCAUGAUUAUGAUUCGGAUUUGAGUCCACCUAGAAAAAGUAAGAAGAACGAUGAUUCGGAUUUGAGCCCACCUAGAAAAAAUAGGAAAGGCAAUGAUUCAGAUUUGAGUUUACGUAGAAAAAGUAGGAAGAACGAUGAUUCAGAUUUGAGCCCACCUAGAAAAAGUAGGAAGGACGAUGAUUCGGAUUUAAGUCCACCUAGAAAAGGUAGGAAGGACGAUGAUUCGGAUUUGAGUCCACCUAGAAAAAGUAGGAAGAACGAUGAUUCGGAUUUGAGUCCUCCUAGAAAAGAUAGGAGACAGCAUAAUGAUUCCAAAAGUAAACAAUUUAGAGAUUUAUCUAAAUCUCAUAAAAAAUACAGUAAAAAGAGUUCAAGCUCUUCUCAUAAAUAUAAGGAUUAUGACAGUGAUCAAAGUCAAGCACUUAGGCAAUCAAAACAUGGAAGGCAUUCUUCAGAAAAGAUUAAAAAGAAUAGAUGGAAAGAUCAUGAUAAUCAUUAUAAACAUCACACAAAAUGGGAUGAUCAAAACGAUAGAAACGAGUCGAAAAAUAGUGAAAAUACGACACAGGAUACAAAAAUGAAGAAAACUUUAAGCGGUAAGAGCGCUGGUUUGCAGGAUGCAAAAUCAUUACGCGAAGAAUCAGAGGCUUUUAAAAAACGUGAAGCUGAAAUGUUUAAUAAGUUAAGCAAAGAAAUCACCGGUGCUGGUCAAAAGGCUAUCUUACGAGAUUCUAAAACUGGAAGGAGACGUAAUUUAGAAGCUGAAGCGGCAGUAGAACGUGAAAAACAAAAGCGUCAAGAAGAAUUGAAUGAAAAAUAUGAAAAAUGGGGUAAAGGAUUGAAACAAGUAGAAGAUAAAGAAGAAAAAUUAAAGAAUUAUCUUCAUGAAAUAAGCAAACCAUUGGCAAGAUACGCAGAUGAUGCUGAUUUAGACAAAGCACUUAGGGAACAAGAAAAAGAAGGUGAUCCAAUGUUGGAAUAUAUUAGGAAGAAAAAAAUAAAAGAAGGAAAAAUAAAACCUGAUGAACUACGAUACCAAGGAUCUUUUACGCCUAAUCGUUUUGGUAUCAAACCUGGUCAUCGUUGGGACGGAGUCGAUAGGAGCAACGGAUACGAAAAGAAAUGGUUCGAAGCACAAAAUGCAAAAACAGCAUUGCAAGAGGAAGCAUAUAAAUGGAGUACAGCUGAUAUGUAAUAUAUAUAUAUAUCUAUAUUUUUUUUUUUUUUUUUUUUUUUUUAAGAACUUUGUUAUAAUUUUAAGAUUAUAUCAGAUGAUAAUAUUCAAAUUCUGGCAUUGAUAAUAAAAUGUAUAUUAAUUUUUUAAUCGACAUCGAGUUAUGUAUCGAUGCAUUCUGAGGAUAUAUAACAUAAGUCAAAGGAACAGUUAAUUAAAUGAACAAUG